UCUGCUGACUUGAGCAUGCUACGCUUCCUGCACGGAAUCUGGUCGGCAGCCCUGAACGGAGACCUGGGCCGAGUGAAGUACUUAAUCCAGAAAGCGGCGGACCCCAGUCAGCCUGACUCGGCUGGCUACACGGCUCUGCACUACGCCAGCCGCAACGGGCACUAUGCUGUGUGUCAGUUCCUGCUGGAAAGCGGGGCCAAGUGCAAUGCCCAGACCCACGGGGGUGCCACUGCCCUGCACCGGGCCAGCUACUGUGGGCACACCGACAUCGCCCGGCUGCUGCUGUCGCACGGGUCCAACCCCAGGCUGGUGGACGAUGACGGCAUGACCAGCCUGCAUAAGGCUGCCGAGAAGGGUCACACGGACAUUUGCUCCCUCCUGUUGCAACACAGCCCAGCCCUGAAGGCCGUCCGGGAUCGGAAGGCACGACUAGCCUGUGACCUGCUGCCCUGCAACAGUGAUCUGAGGGACUUGCUGGCCAGCUGAACUGCCACCUGCAGUCUCAGGCUGCAGGCGAGGGGACACAGACCAGCUCUCCCAGCCCUCGCCCUGGUCAGCAUCUGUGUGCAGGGCAGGGAGCCGAGGCCGGAAGACCCAGGAGGAGCCCCCGUUCUGGCCCCUGAGGGAGUGAGGGAGGAGGCUUGGUGGGGCAGCAAGUGCUUCAGCCUGGCCAGAUGCUCGUAGUCUAAAUUAGCUCAUGUGGAGACAUCUAUCCGUUUGGAAAAAAUAAAAUGAUAUCCUUACCUUAUCCCACACACAAGGAUAAAUUUCAAGUAGUUUAAAGACCUGAAUAUAAAAACAGAAAAACAUGUAAGCAUUAGAAGAAACUGGAAUAUGUGACAAAUGAAAAGCUCUGUCUAGCCGAGUGACCUUGGUCCAAGUCACUUUCCCUCUCUGUCCCGUGUCCUCAUCUCUGAGAGGAGGGGCUGCCACGAGACCAUGCAGGGGUGAGAUGAGUGAGGCUGUGGAGAGCACUGGAGACAGUGCCGGGCACUUUGCAGACAGUGUAUAAGAGCACCCACUUCCCCCAAACCUCAUCAGUGCUCACGUUUCUCCAUAAUUUCAUUAAUUUUAACAAUCUGAUAGCUAUUGCUUUGUUCUGUUUUGCAUUGCUACUUGCUAGUAAGGCUGAACACCUGUCUUCUGUGAACUUCUUGGCCCAUUUAAAACUUUUUUCUUUUUUGAUUUGUAGGAGUUGUUUAUAUAUUCUGGAUAUUGAUCCUUUGUUUUUAUGUAUGUGUAUAUAUAUAUAUAUACAUACAUAUAUAUAUAUGUAGUUUUUUUCUUUCUUCUUUCA